AUGGAUGUGGAUAACACAAACGCAGCUCCGUUGCAUUUGGCUGCUGGAAAAGGAUACACCGAUGUGGUGAGGUUGUUAAUUAUGAUCGGAGCAAAUGGUGAGCAAAGGGACUCAAGAGGAAGGACACCGAUCUUUUACGCAUGCCUAGGCGGUCAAGCACAUACACUCAAAGUGAUGAUCGCAGAGUUGAACUGCAGAGCUGGCCAUACGGAUCAGCUCGGUCGAACCGCACUGCAUUGCGCCGCAUUCGGAGGCUUCACAGCAUGUGUCGAGGUGCUUCUCGACGAGUCGGAUUGUCCAAUCUAUAAGGAGGAUGUUGAUCAGAUGACUCCAUUGCAUAUCGCGUGUGAACGAGGCAAAUAUGAUUGUGUGAAACAUUUACUGCAGCAUGGAGCUGCCGUGAACGCUCUGUCCAAAAUCGAAGAUCUUACACCGUUGAGUUGUGCACACAUUAACGGACAUCAACAAAUUGCUGAUUUCUUGCUGCGAAAUGGAGCACUUUUCCCGAACCAAUUGCGCAAUUUGGCCGCUUUGAUCAUCCAAAAAUGGUGGAAGCAAUUACGAUAUGGUGAUCGUGUUGGCGGAAGGAGACGAUUCAUCGUUCGUGGACCAUCGCCACCUCGACAGACAACGGUUCGACGGCCGCGCAUCAUACAAGCCUAA